UGAGACCAGGCUGCAUAUAAACCCAAGCACUCUUGACUGCAUUCAGAGUACGAGCAGCGAAGUCAUCACCUCGCUAUGGAAUUACUGAGGAAUAUCUCUCAACAGCCAACGAAUAGCAACAGGAUGUAUGAGCCCAACCAACCCGGGUCCUGUGAACUGCGGAGAAAGAGAACUGAGGACCACGGUCAUGCACCUGCAGAGAUGUCGAAGAUUAUCACGGAUCCUGCCACCGGGAAAUGUUACUGCCGUGGGAAAGUUCUGGGAAAGGGAGGUUUCGCCAAGUGCUAUGAGAUGACCGACCUGUCUACGAGUAAAGUUUAUGCAGCGAAAAUUAUUCCCCACACGCGCGUCUCCAAACCGCACCAACGGGAAAAGAUUGACAGGGAAAUCGAGCUACACAGAGUUCUCCACCAUAAACACAUCGUGCACUUUUACCAUCAUUUCGAGGAUAAAGAUAACAUCUACAUCCUCCUGGAAUACUGCAGUAGAAGAUCUUUGGCACAUAUCCUGAAGGCACGCAAAGUGCUCACAGAGCCUGAAGUGCGAUACUACCUCCGUCAGAUCGUCUCAGGGCUGAAGUACCUGCAUGAACAAGAGAUCCUACACAGAGACCUCAAACUUGGUAACUUCUUUGUGAGUGAGUCGAUGGAGCUGAAGGUGGGAGAUUUUGGGCUGGCUGCCAAGCUAGAGCCUGCUGGGAACAGGAGGAAGACCAUCUGUGGGACUCCCAACUACCUGUCCCCUGAGGUGCUCAACAAGCAGGGCCACGGCUGUGAGUCAGACGUCUGGGCCCUGGGUUGUGUCAUGUACACCAUGCUCCUGGGCAGACCCCCGUUCGAGACCACCAAUCUGAAGGAGACGUACAGGUGUAUACGGGAGGCGCGUUACUCCCUGCCCUCCUCCCUGUCGCCCCAGGCCAAACAGCUCAUCUCCAGCCUCCUGGCCAAGGCCCCGGAGGACAGACCUCACCUGGACCACAUACUGCGCCAUGACUUCUUCUCACAGGGUUUCGUGCCAGAGCGUCUUCCUGCUAGUUGCUGCCACUCCGCUCCAGAGUUCCACGUCUCCAGCCCUGCCAAGAGCUUCUUCAAGAAGGCCGCGGCUGCCCUUUUCGGCGGGAAGAGAGACAAGGUCAAAUACUACGAGACUCUGAAUAAACUCACCAAAGAGGAAGAGGAGAUCUACAAGCUUCGACAUGAUCUGAAGAAGACGGUUAUCAGCCAGCAGCAGCAGAGCAAACAGAUGACUGAGGAUGGAAGGCCACCGUCACCAUCUGCUGGGAGGCCUGUCGCCCUGGCAACAGAGGGCCUGCCCCCGACGACGCGAGACACCAUCCGGCUUAUUGUCAGGGGCAGUCUGGGUAGCUGCAGCAGCAGUAGUGAAUGUCUUGAGGACAGCACCACUGGCAGUGUGGCUGAGACAAUCACCAGCGUUCUCAGAGGAUGCCUGGAAAACAUGCCCAAAGCAGAUGACAUCCCCAAUGGGACAGAGUGCAGUAACCUGCAGUGGGUCACUAAGUGGGUGGACUACUCCAACAAGUAUGGCUUUGGCUACCAGCUCUCAGACCACAUAGUGGGCGUUCUGUUCAACAACGGGACACACAUGAGCCUCCUCGCAGAUAAGAAGACUGUCCACUACUAUGCAGAGUUGGGUCAGUGCUCUGUGUUCUCCACAUCUGACGUGCCUGAGCACUUCGUAGGUCAGGUGACCGUCCUCAAGUACUUCGCCCACUACAUGGAAGAGAACCUGAUGGAUGGUGGAGACCUGGUGAGCCAGCCAGACACGCACAUGCCCAGACUCUACCUGCUGCAGUGGCUCAAGUCUGACCGUGCCCUCAUGAUGCUCUUCAACGACGGCACGUUUCAGGUCAACUUCUACCACGACCACACCAAGAUCAUCCUGUGCACCCAGAGGGAGGAGUACAUGCUGACAUACAUCAACGAGGAGCGUGUGUCCACCACCUUCAGGCUGAGCUCCCUGCUCACCUCCGGCUGCCCCGCAGACCUGCGCCAACGCAUGGAGUACUCACUCAACAUGCUGCUGCAGCGCUGCAACUGAACCAGGAAGCAGCACCACGCGGGGUACCGUUUAUACAGCCGGACAGACUUCAGCAUGCUACUGCAGCGCUGCAACUGAACCAGGAAGCAGCGGCAGGUGGUGGGACAGUGAAUGGGGUCGGACCUGUGUAAAGCAAUGGACUACUGAUUGGUAACCUUUGCCAAUCUAUCAGCAGAGGUGCAGCUGAAUCUGUAUGGAGAGUCUCUGGAUAGGACAGUGUAUUGAGCACAAGGACUUUGAACAGAAAAAGGGCUGAUGUGUAUGUUGAUAAUCGGAGGAUAAGAUGACUGGAUGUUAUGUUAUGAUGAGGGGAUGGAGGUACGAAUGUGAAAACCAUCUGUUUUUGAGGAAGAGUGUGGAAGUGAAGAGGACAAUAACACUGGGCUGGAACCAGAUAAAACUGUUAUGUUAUUGUUAUUUUUCUAAUGAAAGUAGAACCAUAAGGGCUGAUGGAUGCUUCAAACUCGGUCCUGGGGCCUCCCCUGGUGCACCUUUUUGUUUUUAGUCCCGAGCAAUACACAGCUGAUUCAAAUAACCAAUUCAUCAUCAAGCUUUGAUUAUUUGAAUCAGCUGUGUAAUGCUAGGGCAAAAAAACUAAACGUGGCCCCAGGGGAGGCCCCAGGACCGAGUUUGGGAAACCCUACACUAGAGGACUGUAAUGUACACAGCACUUCUGCAGAGGGAGGGGAGGCUGUGUGUGGGGAGAAACAGUAGCUAACUUCAAACUGUGAUUCAUUCUCUGUGAGGACAGAUGGACAUGGCUGUUUGACUGUGAAGGAGGGGGAAGAAUGAUGUUGAUCAUACAAGAAGAGCCAUUACACUGUUAGACAUUGGAAAAAAAUAACUUAUUGUGUACAAAAGUGAAGUAUUUAAUAAAUAUACAACUUUUUCAAAAAAUA